AUGGCAACUAACCUGUAUGAGGUUUUGGGACUGAACCGACAUGCACCCCAAGAAGAAAUUCGCAAAGCCUACAGACGAAAAGCUCUAGAGACCCACCCGGAUCGCCUUCCGCCAAACGCAUCAGCAGCCGACAAAGCUGCCUCCGAAGACAUGUUUCGCAGGGUCAAUAACGCUUAUGAAGUUUUGAACGAUCCCGCCAAUCGGAAGCUCUACGAUGAACAUGGUGUUUGGCCACCUCCAUCGCCCCAGGUCAACGGCCGACCCAGUGGCUGGGACUCCUUCAACGGUCCUUCAUUUAGGGAACCUUUCUUCCCGGAUCCCUUCUUUUCAGACCCGUUCUUCUCUCGUGGUCGCGCCGACCCAUUUUCAGGUUUUGGGUUCGGACAUACCCCAUUCCGCGGUUUCACUGACCCCUUUGUGCUCUUCAACUCAAUAUUUGGUGACAUUCAUCGUGCUUUCUCGGAAGAUCCAUUCUCUAGUGACCCAUUCGACCGUCCGUUUUCGGGAGGGUUCGCUUCGCCCUUCUCCCUGUUGGCCGGAUCAUCUUUCGGUGUUCCACGCGGUAACAUGCAGUCUAUCUCGAGUUCCUCUCGCGGUAUGCUUUGCGGUGGGAAUGGCCGUUGGACUUCUGAAAGUUGGACUACCCAGACGAUCAAUGGUGUCACCCAGACCAAGUGCGUACGCAGAGACUCAGAGGGCAACGAGCAUGUCCUGUACAAACUUCCCGAUGGGACCGUCCGCCGCACAGUGAACGGUAUUGAACAGACUUCGGGCGAUGACCGUCGGGCCAUCGAUUACACCCCGAGUCGGAACGACCCUUAUUCACAACCACCACCACCACCACCACCACCUCCUCCUCCCUAUGAGGCGGCAGUUGGUGCCCCACCUGCACAACCACGUGGCCCCUAUUCCUCCCGGGACCCACGUUCUUCUAGUACGUUCCACAAAUACCCUUUCCUACGAAUUGGUAACUGA